CAACAAGCUCACGCGCUCCCGAUCUUCAGUCAGAGGAGAGACGUAAGAGGAGGAGGAUGUGCCGAGAAGCGUGACCCGCACUCCCAGUAUCCCCCGUCCAAGGACAGAUACAGACUGUGAUGUUAAUGGGUUUACCAUCCUAAUAGUCAGUGUAACAAAAGGCCAAUACCAAAGAAUAUACGAAGCGCCAUCCUCAUUUUCCGACAAGUGCCAGAUUUACUAGUCCCCGUCUGAUGGUCUGCGAAACUCACCCACGACCAAGACUUGCCCAUAACUCCAAGUGUGUUGUUCCGUUCCGGCAAAAUUUUCCAUAAAGCUGUUGAUCUCCAAGUGUUGCCACGAAUAUGAGAUUAGAGAUUAAAUCGGCGGCCAAUUUCCUAGUCGAUUUGGCACGCUUGAAUAACAGCGGUUUGACGGAGAAGCAGCUGGAUAGGUUUCGCGAGAAUGUGUGCAAUAUUCUCCUCCGACACUACACCGACCACUGGUUCCCCGACAAGCCUUUCAAGGGUUCCGGUUACCGCUGCAUCAGAAUCAACGGCCACUUGGACCCGCUGAUCGCCAGAGCUGGGUUCAUGAUGGGCUUAGCUGUGUCGUUCCUCAGAUCUCUCUUCCCAUCGGAGCUCACCAUGUGGGUGGAUCCCAUGGAAGUGGCGUACCGGAUCGGAGAGAAUGGCUCCAUCUGCGUGCUGUACGAGGACGUGCAGCCCAAGUGUCCGUCACCGAUGGAGACCAAGUCCCCUGCCAAGUCCAUGGCAAUAACGCCCGUCAAGCCUGUGCCCCAACCUCCGCCCCAACAGCCAGCGUCUCCGCCUCCAGCUCUGCCCCCACAUCAUCAUCUCCAGCAGCAACAAGUCACUCAUCAUGCUCAUCAUCAUCAUCAUCAUCACUUCUCGCCGUCCAAGUCCGUCGUGGUGUCCAGCCCACUUCAUCAUUCCCCGCCCCUUUCCCCCGUGACGACCCAACAGCAGCAGCAGCAGCAGCAAGUAGCCGCAGCGACUGCCAUGCACCUGAGUAUGUUCAUCAUGGGGAAAGAGAGUGGUAGCCUGGUCAAGUGCAAGGAAUCUCUCCGUGGAGGGCUGGACGCGCGAUCCCUACAGAUGGAUCGGCUCUUCGUGUCAAGUUGAGCCAACUCUCCGUGACAACUCUUUGUGAUCUCAACCACGCCAACAGUUGAAAGUACAAUCAGGGACCAACAGGUGAUCGAACCACCACCAGCCGCCACCAUGAGAUGGGUCGGUUGUUUUACCAGCGUCUGAACGACCCACGUCGCCCUAUCACAACUCGAAAAAUUCUAAGAUUAUUUGUAAACAGUAAUAUUUAUGUACAUAAUGAGCUAUAUUAUAUAAUAUAAUAUACCUAUUAAGUGUUGUGGUAUGAGUGUUUGGUCGUGUAGACGCAAGUGUGACCACCGUUUCUAUCAUGGGAUGACGAUCACUGCUGCUCUGAUGCUCUGACAUUGCAUGCCUCCUCGUACUUACCCACGCCCCUAACCCUGUAGCACGUAGCUGUGGUUCUACUCGCCCGGGCACGAACCGCCCUCUGGGACCAGGAAUCGCAUCGGUUCCGUCUAUUCCAAGUCCCCUGGUGCGGUUCUGGGCUUGUGUACCUUAGCGACCAUGGCGAGCUGGGGGGUUAGCGUUGAGCAGCCUGUCUUUCUACGAGUGGACAAGAGCAGCUCUUGUAGCUGUUCUGCUGGAGAGCAACGAGCAGCUCCUGCAGCUGUUCCACCGGAGGGCAGCGAGCAGCUCCUGCAGCUGUUCGUGUGGGCCGCCGUGGUGGUGAAGCUGUGAUAUGACAGCCACGGCAGCCCGGCUCCUCACACCGAAAAUAUCCCAGUUCACCCUAUGACUGAAAAAUUCACUUUUUCAGAUGGUACAAAGUCAAAGUUUUUAAAAAGUGUCUGUGAUUUAAUUCGGUCGCAGUAUUUUAUUUUCAUUUUAUGAAAAAAAUGUUCUAGCUCAGUUCAUCAAUGUUUAGCUUUAGCGACAUUUUUUUGCUUUAAGCAAUUCAUGGGUAGUGAUAUAAUUGUGUACAUUUUUCCUUGUUGGUGCAUGCUUAUCUUGUAAUAUAUGCCUGUAAAAAGCCUAUUUUGUUCCACAAAACGUCUAAUUUUACUAGAAAAUCGUUUUGUACAGUAUAAAUAAAAUGUCCAAUGCAUUGAA